AAAUGUGUUCCGCUGCUCCGGGGUCUGUGAAAGCACGGAGCGCACCGCCGCGACGCCUCUCGCUCCACGCGGUUCCAGCAUCAUCUCUCGCUCUCUCUCCCCGGUAGUCCGCCAACGUUACAGCCCGAGGACCAACCCACGACCAGCACCCCACGACCAGCUGUACUUUUUAGAGGCCUCCGGGGGACAUAUUGGGAAGCAGCGUCAUUUGUGGCUAGGAUCAAGGUGGGAACUCCCCAUCUAAUAGAACCUGUUUUCAGUGUGUGUGCACCAUGGCGUCUAAGCCUCACGCUCCUCUGAUGAAGAAGCACAGUCAGACAGACCUGAUAAGCCGCCUGAAGAGCCGCAAGAUCCUCGGCGUCGGCGGCGAGGAUGAUGACGGUGAAGUGCACCGCUCAAAGAUCAGUCAGAUGCUCGGAAAUGAGAUAAAGUUUGCAGUGCGGGAGCCCAUCGGGCUGAGGGUGUGGAUUCUCAUCUCUGCAGUGGCUUUCACAGUUAUGGCCGUGAUGGCCCUAGUGUUUCCCAACCAGCUUUAUGAGGUUGUUUUCGAGGAGGAGCUCUCCACAACUAGCAUCUCUGUUCGGCUUUAUGGAGGAGCGCUGCUUAGCCUGGCCCUGAUAUUUUGGAAUGGUCUCUACACGGCAGAGAAGAUCGUUAUCCAGUGGACUCUGCUCAGCGAGGCCUGCUACUUUGCUGUCCAGUUUCUUGUGACGUCCAUCACCUUAAUGGAGGUUGGCAUCCUGCCCAACGCCGCCAUUCUCCUGCUCCUCAGUCGGGUGUUCUUCCUGGUGGUUACCAUGGCGUACUACUACCAACUUGGCCGUAAGCUGAAGAAGAUCUGAACUGCCUGGUUGAGACUUCCAGGGAGGGAGGGCAGAGGGGGGCAGCUGAGCACAGACGAGGGGCCAGAAGGUGUGGAAUAUAAUUUGAUUGUGGCUCGGCGCGUUGCUCUGCCAGUGGAUGCCCCCUCCCAUGGGACCUAGCCUAUUGUAACCCCCCGAGUAUUCAACCGAUGAGCACCGUCUCGCAUUCCAGACUCAACAAGAUCCAGAAUUUUGGCGAAAGUGAAUUACGCUUUUGGGCUGCGAGGCCAAGCCCCUCCUGACGCACACAUCCCUCCUUUGUGCAGUUCCCAGAGCUGUUUAUAAAGAAGGAGCAAGCAGCUUAAAGGGCAUUGCCUUCUUCUGACACCUAUUUUUUUAUUUUGUACAGUGCAUCUAAUUUGUUUGUUUGCAGCCACGUGAUUUCCUGAUUCAGUAUUUUGUGUUGUCUAAUGUUGCAUCUUGACACUGCUUCCCGAUCACACUUGAGGAGCUAAAUGUGUGUGCCAAAGUGUUUCCUGGUCGAUGUUUUUGAUGUUGACUCCUACUCAAGGUUUGCUUAAAUGAAGCUUGAAUAUCUGUGCUAUUGCAUGCUUUUCCGACAACUCUUCACUGAACACAUUGACUGGGAAAAGCAUCCGCUGCUUCAUGUAAAUCCAGGUGCAGUUGGAUAAGCUAAAUGCUUGAUGGGUGACAAUGAACCUCUUUUAGUGCUGGCAGCUUUUUUGGUCAAAACAUUCCUAAAGGUCAGUUUUUAUUCUCAAUCAACCAAUUUAGAUUACUCCAAACCAAAUGCUAUGUCUGAACAUUUUUCAGGGACAACGUGAUUAUUACAAUUUUCAGUCAGGACAGUUCGACCCAAGUGAAUAGGAAUUAUUUUUUGUGUGGAAUAUUUACACGCCUGGAAUGAGAAAUUGUCACGUGUGUGUGUGUGUGUGGGGGGGGGGGGCAGGACUUUAGCCUGAGUGAUCUUGCAGAAAGUAUUUUAACAUUCUGACCUAUGAUUUCACAAGCAGAGCGAGAAAACCAGUUCUGGUUCCGCUUCGGUGAUGUAGCAGUUUUUCUUUCUUUUUUUAAAAUUUUUUUUUUUACAUACACCGGAUCCUUGGCCUUAAAACUAAAACAAGAGUCCUCAACACUGCGUCCUACUCGUACAUAUGUAAAUUAGCAGUUAUGUGGUGUUCGUGUGACACAAACAGGGAACUUGAGUAUUGAUGGAAUGGCUUUCUCUUUGCAGGCUUCCUCUUCUGUCCAUAAGUUAGAUUUUCUUUUUCUUUUUUUUUUUAACAUCAGUGCACUAUAAUCCAUCAGGAAAUGGCUUACACUAUGUAGCGAGCUGCCACCAACUAGAGCGCACAUCUGAUAAAUAAGAUGUUAAUGGAGGAAUUGGCUACAAAAUGCCAAAAGGCCUAUUUUUGAGUGGAAUGAGGCACCUUCUGUCGGCCUCCUCCAAAGGUGGAGGUCCAUAUUGGUGGGUGCUGCCCUAGCAGGGAGUGGUCCUGAGGUCGGGGUGAUUGUGGGUUUGCAGUUAUGAGUCCAGCGCUGAAGGCAGAUGUGCUUACAUGGGUGAGUUUUCAUUUCAGAUAGGGGAAACGUGAAGGAGGUCCCCCGUACGCCCUCAAAAGUUGUAAUUACUUUUUUUUUUUUUCCUCAGUGUUUAAUUAGAUGCGCCUCCCCUCCCAGAGUGCAAUUGUGUGUCUCAACGUACUGCUCGUCCCUGAGUAGCGUUGUAAUUACGGCGUUCCGAGGAAAGUCUUGUUCCAUUUCAGUCUACUAUAGGCCUCAAAUCAUGAGCCCUGUGAGAUGUUCAAGGGUCUGUGAAGCAGUUUAUUUUAGGAUAGAUGGGCAGAAAAAGAGGCAAGGAGACGGCUCUUUGAUCCUCCUGCUUCUCUGAUGUAAAUUAGUUCACAUAUUACAUCGGUUAGUUCUGUCCUUGACGUUUUAGAGGAAUGCUGUUGAUUCCCUCUGAUCAAACAUGUAUUGGACUGUGAAUAGCAUACCCGGUCAAACUGUUUCAAGUUGUAGCAUUGUUUUUAUGUAUAUAUGUGCUAUAUUGUACCUGGAAAAAAUUAAUUGUUAUGGCUUUCCAAGAUUUUAGUUUCAAAUAAAGGUAACUGCUGUUUAUUUUGAA